CCCGGGGUGGGCGCUAGACAAGCCUGACCGACGCCCACCCGGUUCCCUGCCGGGUGCCUACCGGCCUCGUGUCUGACUGGUCUGCAGCCCCGAGUCCUUGCCGGCUUCUCCACUCCCCGCCCCCGGCUCCAGCCUUCUCCCGUCUGGGCCGGUCUCCGGCUUCCAUCUCCCACCCUGAGCGGGUACUCGUUCCCCGCCUGCUGUCCUCCAAGGGUCCCUGUCUGAGCCCCGGCCCCAUGGCUCUUCAGGCUUUGCAGAGCUCGGGGGUGGCCUUUCGCAAGAUCCUGUCUCACUUCCCCGAGGAGCUGAGCCUGGCUUUCGCCUACGGCUCGGGGGUGUACCGCCAGGCGGGGCCCAGCUCAGACCAGAAGAAUGCCAUGCUGGACUUCGUGUUCACUGUCGAUGACCCUGUUGCAUGGCAUUCAAAAAACCUGAAGAAAAAUUGGAACCAUUACUCUUUCUUAAAAGUUUUGGGGCCCAGGUUUAUCACCACUGUCCAGAAUAACUACGGCGCCGGGGUUUACUACAACCCAUUGAUCAUGUGUGAUGGGAGGCUUAUCAAAUAUGGCAUCAUUAGCACUAGUGUUUUGAUUGAAGAUCUCCUCAACUGGAAUAACUUGUACAUUGCUGGACGACUCCAAAAACCGGUGAAAAUCGUAGCAAUGAAUGAGAAUGUCACUCUCAGGUCAGCCCUGGAUAAAAAUCUGAAGAGUGCUGUGACCGCUGCUUUCCUCAUGCUCCCCGAAAGCUUUUCUGAGGAAGACCUGUUUAUAGAGAUUGCCAGACUCUCAUAUUCAGGUGACUUUCGGAUGGUGGUCGGAGAGGAUAAGGCAAAAGUGUUGAAUAUUGUGAAGCCCAACAUAGCCCACUUUCGUGAGCUCUACGGCAGCAUUUUACAGGAGAAUCCCCAAGUGGUGUAUAAAAUCCAGCAAGGCAGCCUGGAGAUCGAUAAAAGCCCAGAAGGACAGUUCACUCAGCUAAUGACAUUGCCCAAAACCUUACAGCAGCAAAUAAAUCAUAUUAUGGACCCUCCUGGAAAAAACAGAGAUGUGGAAGAAACUUUAUUACAAGUGGCUCAUGACCCCGACUGUGGAGACGUGGUGCGUCUAGGGCUCUCAGCAAUCGUGAGACCUUCCAGUAUGAGACAGAGCACCAAAGGCAUUUUCACUGCUGCAGUGAGAUUCCUCGUGGUGUUGGGAGUGGUCCCUUUAUUCUCAUUGCAACUCAUCCAUCGUCUGACUAGAGCACGGUUCAUCCAUUCUACUGUUGAUGAUUUCCCGGGUUGUUUCCAGUUUGGGGCUAUUUCAAAGAGUCCUGCUCUGCAUGUUUUGGUACCUGUCUUCGAGUGAGCGUAGGUAUGCAUUUCUGUUAGGUUUUUAGUUACGGGUGGAAUUACUGUAUCAUAAAGUGUGUGAAUGUCCAGCUGUGGUAGAUACUACCUAACAAGCAGCAGAGUUCCUGCUGCAGUACCUCCGUGACCAGUGCUUGAUAGUAGGUCUUUUUGUUUUUAGGCUCUCUCGUAGGUGAGUAGACGUAUCAUAUUGGAGUUUUAACUUACACUUACUUUCCUGAUGACCAAUAAAGUUGAGCAUUUGUUCACAUGCUUACAUGGAUAUCCUCUUUUGUGAAGUGCCUAUUCUACUUUUGCUCAUUUUUCUUUUGAAUUGUCUGCCUUUUUUUUGUUUUUUUUACACUGAAAUCUCUGUAUAGUGUGGAUACGGGUGCUUCGUUGGACAAGUGGAAUGCAAAAGCCCCCCACUCUGGGGCUUGUCGUCUCACUCUCUUAAUGGUGUCUUUUGAUGAAAAGUUCUUAAUCUUACUUAGUCCAGUUUAUCAGUUUUGUCCUGUAAGGUUAGCAGCUUUUUGUGUCCUGUUUAGGAAAUAUUGCCUACUCCAAGUUCGUGAAGUUUAGUCCUCCACCUUUGUUGCAACUAGAAUAUUAAGGCAGGAUCCUUCCUUCUAAUCUCUUGGUUCUUAACCUUUUGAAAAUCCUGGCUCCCAGUGAGACUCUGACUAAAACUCUGGGCCCUCUGCACAGACGUGCACACGUGCGCACACUCAGCAAACCUCCCUGCAGCUUCAGGAAGUUCUCAGACUGAGGCCUGUCUGUGGGCCCCUCGUUGGAGAACCCGUAACCUAGUCCAGCCUGUCAGCUUGCAGAUGAGGAAGUCGAUGCCCAGAGACGGGGAGUCUCCCUGUCCCCAGCGGGGACUAACAUCCCGCUCUCCUGACUCCCAUUCCAGUGCCCUCCCCAGAUCAGUCCCCUGCUGCAGCCAUCCUGAGAAUAUGUCUAUGGCAAAGCUGUCGAAGGGAGAGACUUUUUCAUUAAGGGAGGUUUCUAUCCACUAGCAGCAAAAAAUGGCUCCACGAUGCCGCUCGUGGACUGUGGUGUAUUUACCUUAAA